UGUUGUCACUAGUACAUCUUCGUAACAAAGCCCUCUUUGUUGUUGUUGUUGUUGUUGUUAAUGGAGGUUCCUCUCCCAAGUCAUUGUGGCUUCUUCUUCUUCCUCUUUAUUUAGAGCCCAAUUCAUCAACUUCUUCGUUUUUUCUAUACGACUCCUUAUUGCAAUCUGAGGAUUGCUGGAUUUGAAAUUGGCUCAAAUCUCUUCUUCACUUGGUCGACAUCAUAAAAGACGACUUUUGACUUGGUUUUAACUUCACUUCUCCGUUCAAAACUCUCUACCUUGUCCUAUUUCGAUCGAAUCAAUCGGCUUGUCUAAACGCACGCACACAACAAGCUACCUAUAUUUUCCUCCAGCAACGGACCUGUAUACAUUUCUGUCCUCUUUGUUAAGAUUCUGGAUCUUGAUGACUUUCAAGUUUGUGGAUUAUUUAGCGGUUUAAUACGGAUUACAUCUUCCUUGAAAUUGCACCUAAGUAGUGGAAUUGUUGUUAGCCUACUAAAGCUCAGAUAGGUGGUGGGUUAUUCCCUUUCAAUUUGAAUAGCUUGAGAAGGCUCUGUAAGCAUCUCCAUCUCAACUGCACCACUGAGAAGUUUCGCUCGGAUAUGUCAAAGACUCGAAUUUGCUUUGUUGAAAACUGAGGAGAUGGAAGUGAGUCGUUGUUUCUCUUUUUCGGACAAGUUUCUUCGAAAGUGUGUCUCAGAAGGAGCGUAUUGAGAUUCAAAUAUAUCUGCCUCAUCUGAGGAAGUUUGCUGUGGCUUGAAGUAUCAUCGUGCGGAGAUAAGGCUCAUCCUUUUGAUUCGAUUGAAAAUUGAAUUGUGCCACUCACUUGGUCAAUUAUGGAGUCAACAAAGGUUUGCAUGAACGCACUGUGCGGAGCGUCCUCGGCGUCAGGCGAGUGGAAGAAAGGCUGGCCUAUGCGAUCUGGCGAUUUGGCCUCUCUCUGCGAUAAGUGUGGGUCCGCAUACGAGCAAUCCAUUUUCUGUCAAGUGUUUCACGCCGAGGAAUCUGGUUGGAGAGAGUGUAAUUCAUGUGACAAGCGCCUUCACUGUGGAUGCAUUGCUUCCAGAUUUAUGAUGGAGCUUCUAGAUAAUGGCAGCGUUACCUGUAUAAGUUGCGCCAAGAAAUCCGCACUAUUUUCUAUGAAUGUCAGUCAAGAAUCCAAUGGUAGGGACUCCUCAUUUGCUUCAGCAGAGCAUGUAGGCAGUGUUCUUGAGAGGACAAAUCUUAAGCACUUGCUCGACUUUCAAAGGAUCGGCCCCACUCAAUCUUCUAUUCAAAUGAAACAAGAAGAAUCGCUGCUUCCUUCCAGACUAGAUGCUCUUAGACACAAAACUGAAAGGAAAGAAUUGCAGGAAUUAUCUGCACAGCCAAACUUGAGCAUUUCACUUGGACCUACGCUUAUGACAAGUCCAUUUCAUGAUGCUGUUAUUGAUGACAGAAGUAAGACUACGUCAAUUUUCCAACUAGCCCCUCGGUCCAGGCAACUGCUUCCAAAACCUGCAAAUUCAGCUCCCACUGCUGCUGGCAUGGAGCCUAAUGGGAGCCUGGUGUCACAGAUUCAUGUCGCUCGGCCUCCUCCAGAAGGUCGCGGGAAGACCCAAUUGCUUCCUCGUUAUUGGCCUAGGAUUACUGACCAAGAGCUGCAGAUAUUAUCUGGACACUCAAAUUCCAAAAUUAUUCCACUCUUUGAAAAAGUUCUGAGUGCUAGCGAUGCGGGUCGUAUUGGUCGACUGGUUCUUCCGAAAGCAUGUGCAGAGGCAUAUUUCCCCCCGAUUUCUCUACCCGAGGGUCUCCCGUUAAAAAUACAAGACAUAAAAGGGAAAGAGUGGGUGUUCCAGUUCAGAUUUUGGCCUAAUAAUAACAGCAGGAUGUACGUUUUGGAGGGUGUGACUCCUUGCAUACAGUCCAUGCAGUUGCAAGCUGGUGACACUGUAACGUUCAGCCGUACAGAACCUGAAGGAAAACUUGUAAUGGGAUACCGUAAAGCGACAAACUCUACAGCAACACAGAUGUUCAAGGGAAGCAGUGAACCCAAUCUAAACAUUUUUUCCAACAACUUGAAUCCGGGAUGUGGUGACAUCAGCUGGUCUAAACUAGAGAAGGCUGAGGACAUGGGAAAGGAUAAUUUAUUUCUUCAGUCGUCACUAACUUCGUCUAGGAAACGGGUUCGGAACAUUGGGAGUAAGAGCAAGCGUCUGCUCAUUGAUAGCGUUGAUGUUCUGGAAUUGAAAGUAACUUGGGAUGAGGCACAGGAACUGAUGCGGCCGCCCCAAUCCGCCAAACCCAGCAUUAUUACGCUGGAAAAUCAAGAUUUUGAAGAAUAUGACGAACCACCGGUUUUCGGGAAGAAAACUGUUUUUGUGGCACGUCAAACAGGGGAACAAGAGCAAUGGGUGCAGUGUGAUGCUUGUGGGAAAUGGCGACGGCUGCCUGUGGAUACUCUUCUUCCACCAAAAUGGUUGUGCUCCGAUAAUCACUUGGAUCCUGCCAGGUCUUCAUGUUCUGCACCUGAUGAUCUCUCUCCAAGAGAACAGGAUACACUAGUCCGGCAAAGCAAAGAGUUCAAAAGGAGGAGACUGGCAGCAUCAAACGAAAAGCUAAACCAGUCGCAGGAGGCAUCUGCUGUGGAAACUUUAGCAAAUGCAGGUAUCACCACGACUGGUGAACAAGGGGAAAUCGCAGUUGCAGCGACGACCAAGCACCCAAGACACCGGGCAGGGUGUUCGUGCAUCGUCUGUAGCCAACCGCCGAGCGGAAAAGGCAAACACAAGCCGACAUGCACUUGCACAGUAUGCGAGGCAGUGAAGAGGCGGUUUAGGACGCUCAUGAUGCGGAAGAAAAACAGGGGAGAGGCAGGACAGGCAAGCCAGCAGGCACAGUCGGAGAGCAGAGACGAGACAGAAGUGGAGAGUAUUCCAGCGGCUGAGGCAGCGUCAGGGGAUAAUAUUGACUUAAACUCAGACCCGGGGGGUUCCCGAGUAAGCAUGAUGGGCCUUCUUCAAGCUGCAGCUUUUCCUCUAGAGGCAUAUCUGAAACAAAAGGCUAUUUCCAAUACAGGAGGAGAACAGCAAAGCAGUGAUAUGGUAAGCACAGAGCACGGAUCGUCCUCAGCGGCACAAGAGCAGGAGAAAGACACAAACGGAGUUCAUGAGCCUGUAAGCUAAACUCCAUGAGUAUUUUAUUCUUCGUAGCCUAGGUGUGUUUAUUAUUUAUACAAACUUGUUCGGUUUCGUCCCAAAUUGGUAGAGUGGUUACGACCAUUCUGCUAAUUGUCAGACCGAAGAAGUGAGGAGUUUAUUGUUUACUUUAUGUUUUUCUUUUUCUUUUUGGGUGUGUUUUGGUUGGUGUGGUGAGGCUUGAGAGUGACAAAAAGAAAAAGGAUGGGAAUCUUGAUGGCAUUUUGGAAAUUCCAUAGGACAGCUAACAUGAUAAUCAUAUCCUCUGGUAUCGACGAUUGGUAGUAAUAUACUAUA